AUGAGUAUAGAUUAUAAGCAAAUACAGCAUGAACGAUUGCCAACGUUAUAUGAGGUAUUAAUUCAAAAAUCAAGUGCACCAGCAGACUUGUGGUCUUUUUAUACGUAUUUAUCACAAUUUCCCUAUGCUAUAAACUAUUUAGAAUUUUGGAUUGAUUUGAUGAAUCAUAACAGACUAUGCAGACAUUUGAUAAAUGAAAUUAAAAAUUCUCUUAUUCAAAACAAUAAGAAUAACCCACAUCUUAAUGAGGAAGACUUGCAGAAAAUAAUUGAUAAAUAUUCAAAUAAUGAUAUUCUACCACCUUCGAUGCCGUUGCCUCAAGCAGUAUCUACACCUCCUGCAGAUUUUGAUACAAUUGAUGAAGUUGAGCGGGAGUCAUUAUCUAAUAUGCCAAUACCAGAGCAAGACGAGGAUAUCGAUAAUGACAACGAUUCAAUUACAUCUUCCAUCUUAUUAAACGUUUUGAUGAAUGAAGGCUACUUAAAUCCAGACGACCAUUAUAGAAUGUCGAAAUUUUUCCAAGGUAAUAUUGGUGGAUCAAAUGAUUAUAGAAUGUCACAACUAAUGCAAAAUUGGCAGAGACAUAAUGAUAAUUCGAAUUCAAAUAAUACAAGGCAAACAAAUACUGGUGAAACUAAUAAUGCUGGUAAUAAUAGUAAUAGUAAUUCGUAUACUAAUAAUACUACAGAAAGAUUUGCAGCCAUGGUGGAUGAAUUAUUACAAAAUAAUAGAAUACCAAUGCCAUCACCGAUUUUACCUAAUACCCAAGAAAAUAUACAAGAACAAGAAGAUCAAGCUAAUGCAUCUUCUUCCUCUUUUUUAAACGGAUUAACGACAAGAGAUUUAAUCAAAAAUGCUAGAAAUAUUUGUAACUUAUAUCUAAUUUCACCAGAAAAGAGUAAAAAAUAUUUGAUUAAUAUUCCUGAAACUAUUAAAUUUGAUAUAAUUAAAAAGAUUAAAUUCGAAAAUAGAUUUGAUCCAUUAAUUUUUGAUGAUUUACAAAAUUUAACUUAUAAUUUCUUAGAAGUUGAUUGUUUCCCAAAAUUUUUAAGUAAGAUUGCAUUGCAUAAUAUUCAUGAUCAAAUCUCUGAUUGGAGAUUUCAUUCUUCAUUUAAAUUAACAAGUCAGAAUAGAAAAUCAAAUAGAGGGCUUUCAGAAAAUGAUAAUUCUUCGUCAACUGAUAAUGAAAAAAACUAUCAGAGUGAUAAUGAUGAUAAUGAUUCAAUGAUAUAUAAUAUAGAUAAUCAUAUUUCAAGAUCACCUUUUUCAAAUUAUACAAUUAUAAGCAGAUUAUUUGUUGGAUUUAUAUGGUUAGGCAUUGGAUUCUGGAUUGGUUAUACUUUGAUUUUUUUAAACUAUAGUAGAGGCAUUCGUGUUACUACAUUACCUCCUUUUCUAUUUGGUUGCUAUUACAUUAUUUGUGGUCUUUAUCAAUUAGAUAUUUUUUAUUCCUUAUUUGGUGUUACACAAGAUUUAAUGUUUCAACCUAAAAGAAAUUUGCUUCAUGCUAACAAAAAAAUUGAUAAAACAACGAAAAAAAAUUUAAAACAUUUAAAGAGAGGUAUUCCAUUUUUUUUUAAUUUAUUUGGGGGUAAGAAGAGAUUAAUUAAAAUUGACCAUCCUUAUAUCAGAAACCUAUUAUUUAAAAGAGGUAUUUGGUGUGCAAUAUUAGUAGCAUUAUCAACAGCCGGGUUAACUGUUAUAUUUAGUGUUGUACCUGGAUGGAGAGUGUAA